GUCCUUUCUUCCUUGCUCUCGUGCCUGCUGCUUUCGGAUUCUGGUUCUCUUCUUUCUCCACAAGUUAAAGGAACCGCAGGAAGACAGGCGCGGGGCUCACUCAUUCCUUGCGUCGGGCUCGGACGAGCCAUAAAAGAAGGGAGCCUUCUUUGGCUUCUUCUGCCGAAAGAAGAAUGGAAGGGGGAGAGAGAGAGGGAGAGCGGAGAGCGGAGAUGGCGGGGCCUUCUUCGAGAGAGCCGCAGAUAACGAUGGCGGCGUCUUCCAUGUUCCCGGGGUUCAGGUUCUCGCCGACCGACGAGGAGCUCAUCUCGUACUACCUCAGGAAGAAGCUCGACGGCUGCGAGGAGCGCGUCGAGGUCAUCGCCGAGGUCGAGAUUUGCCGCCACGAGCCCUGGGACUUGCCAGCAAAGUCCAUUAUCAAGUCGGACAACGAGUGGUUCUUCUUUUCGGCUCGUGGAAGGAAAUACCCAAAUGGCACACAAAGUAGGCGAGCGACUGAACUUGGGUACUGGAAGGCCACUGGCAAGGAGCGCAACGUCAAGGCUGGCUCCAGAGUUAUUGGUACUAAGAGGACUCUCGUCUUCCAUUUGGGCCGUGCGCCGAAAGGUGAGAGGACGGAAUGGAUCAUGCACGAGUACUGUAUGGAUGGGAAGUCACAGGAUUCUCCAGUCAUCUGCCGCCUUCGCAGGAAUACCGAGUUCCGGAUUAACGAAGGCACGGAUCAGGCUUCUCCGAGUCAAAGGGAGCUGUCUUCUGUAGAUGAUAGAAACAACGUUACAUCCAAGGGCGGCAUCGAAGGGAUAACUCUGUCUGAAGCAGGGGAAGGCUUCGCAAGAAGGUGCCCGAGCAGCUACGACUCUCAUUCUGUUGAGCAGACGGACUCGGCAUCCGAAUCCAACCAGAACUUAUUGAACGAAGGGACGAUGACAGAAUCUUCCAUCCACCAGAAGGAUGAUACGGAGUUGCCCGAUGUGAAAUUUCAGGACCCUGAAGACGACGAAGAAGAUUUCUUUGCGGACAUACUGAAAGACGACAUAAUCAAACUAGACGAGUCCGCGGUUUCCCCAGCGCCCCCUCCCCUGCCUAUGGUGUCCCGUCAACUGGAGGCCGAGAGGCGAUCUCAAGAGUCGAUCAUAGCGUCCCUGUUGCAAGUCCUAAACUUCCCGACCGAGCCGGGCCAAAGAAUCGAUGACCCCAGAGAGCCGGAACAAGCGAUAACGUCGGCACUGGAUGGAUUAGAGCUGAACAAGGAAUACGCUGCCGACAAGGACAACAAACCAAGCGACGAGCAAUCACAGACGUGCUUGUUCACGACCAUUUUCUCCGGGAAAACAUUUGGUCGCCGGCUUUCGGCCGCGGUCCUGGCGAUUGCGGUCCUCGCUGGGUUGCUGGUGCUCCUGCUAGGAGGGUACCCGCGAGCGAAAACGGUCGCGCGGGACUUCGGGUUUUACGUUAACUUUUGGAAGUAAACGUUAGCUGGUGUGUCUCGAUCGCUUUUCUGAUGCCGGAGGAUCGGUUGGUGGAUCGGAGGAGUGUUCAUGUAUACCAAAAAAGUACGUAUAGAAAACUAGUUUCAUUACCCGCGUA